GUGCCACUUUUUUGAUCCAUUUAGCUGGCUGUUUUUUUCUACAUGAUCUAUCUAUGAGAUAAUUGUAUCAUAACCCCCUAGGAUUCUCAGCACAACACACUCAUACAAUUCUCAAAUUUCGUCUCCUAGUUUUCCCCUUCAACAAUGACACUUUUAGCUGGAAUGGCAUAUUUAUUGAGAAUAUGCCAAUGCCUUCAAUUUAGAACUCAUGAUUUACUACUACCUUACCAUCCACAACGUUGACAUUGAGUUCAAUCAUGUCUAACUCGCAAAUUUUUAUACAUGUUCUUGCUAUUACCACUCUUCUUUAUGUAAACAUUAUUCAUGCUGCAGUUGCUUAUGAUGAAACGAAAGCUCCUUUGCCUCGCAAGACAAGAUUUAGUAAAAGAGUUGAGAGUACUGUUGUUCAUAUAACCACGAAUAAUGACUCUGCUGCAGAUAAAAGGAAAUUGAAGUACGCGUUUGCUUUGGCAGUUGUUGAUGUGAUAGGCCUAAUUGUGAUUGCGGUUUUGUUCUAUGUAUACUACAAAAAGAACAGGAGGCUUAAGGAAGACAUGAGGAGAUUGAAUUUGAAUCAAAAAAUUGAAGAUCAGAAGGAUGAGCAGAUGGUAGACAAAGGAAAGAGAGUGGCUGAUAGUGAGGAACAUCAAGAUAAAGAUAAAGUGCAGCUUACUUUUAUGGAAGGCGUUGCGAGUUUUGAACUUAAUGAUCUUUUGAAAGCUUCUGCUGAGGGGUUGGGGAAAGGGAAUUUCGGGAACUCCUAUAGAGCUACAUUUGAUGAUGGUAGAGCUGUUGUCGUAAAGCGACUAAGGGAUCUGAAGCCUUUGAGUGGUGAUGAGUUUGUGAAGCAAGUCAGGGGAAUUGCAGAGCUUGAUCACCCUAACUUGUUGCCACUUCUUGCUUACUACUAUUCUAAAAAUGAGAAGUUUUUGGUCUUCAAGUUUGCAGUCAAUGGGAAUUUGUACAAUCGCCUUCACGGAGGUAAAGGGACGAGGAAUCGGAUCCCAUUUCCAUGGAGCUCUAGGCUAGCAGUGGCUCGUGCUGUAGCUAAAAGUUUGGAGUAUUUGCACCUCAAUUAUCACAUCCCUGUGCCCCAUGCAAACUUAAAAUCAACCAACAUUCUGCUAGAUGAAAAUGAUACGGUACUCUUAUCAGACUACGGCUUAACCUCAAUUGUAGCGCCUCCAAUAGCUGUUCAACGCAUGGUCUCAUUCAAGUCACCCGAAUUCCAAAUGUCCAAAAGGGUGUCCAAGAAAUCCGACAUCUGGUGCUUCGGUGCCCUGCUUCUGGAGCUCCUGACAGGUAAAGUUUGCGUACAUUCUGCUCCACCAGAAGCCAAUGGCAUUGAUCUCUGCAGCUGGGUUCACCGCGCUGUCAGAGAAGAAUGGACAGCUGAAAUCUUUGACCCUGAAGUAUCUUCAAGAACAGGAGCCUACAAUGCAAUGGUGGGAGUGCUGCAGAUGGCCAUGAGAUGCUGUGACAAGUUGCCAGAAAAAAGGCCUAACAUAAGUGAGCUGGUGAGGGAGCUUGAGAAUGUCAAGUCUGUGAUCAUUGAUUCAGAAGAUGAUGAGGACUUAUCGAUGGAUCGAUCAUCGUACACCGAUGAAUCAUUGUCCGAAAAAUCGAUCAUAAUUGGAGAUGCCAGAAAAUUUGCUAACUGAUUCUUGGUUUGAGGCCAGCAGCCAAAAUCUGCCUUGGAAUUGGCUGUCCUGGAUAUUCUUCAUAAUGCUUCUUUGUUUCUAAUAAGUUGGCAUUUUCUUGUGCAAGUUUUUCAUUUUGUGUAGUCUAGUACUUUUUUUACUAGACAAAUAACAUAUCCCUUGUAUUUGUCCAAUACUACUGAUACUCCAUUUUUGUUUUUAA